UAGAGAGAGAGAGAGACAGACAGACAGACACUGUGUGUGUUAGAGAGAGAGAGAGAGAGACAGACACUGUGUGUGUGUGUGAGAUAAAGUCUCUCCCCUACAGUGCCGUGUUUGUGUUUAUUACGGAAGGCUGCUGCUGUUUUGGACUAAAUCACCGGUAAAACUCAAAGGUAUCGCUGCUCCCUUGUUAAAGACCUAAGGCGUCACCCGGCCCGGGUGCAAUGUCCUUUCGCUCCACAUGAGCUCGACUAUGUGGUACAUCAUGCAGAGUAUUCAGAGUAAAUACUCCCUUUCGGAAAGGCUUAUCCGAACAAUCGCUGCCAUUCGUUCGUUCCCGCACGAUAAUGUGGAGGAUCUUAUCCGCAAGGGAGCCGACGUGAACAGGAUGCAUGGCACUCUGAAGCCCCUGCACUGCGCCUGCAUGGUGGCUGACGCAGACUGUGUGGAGCUUUUACUGGAGAAAGGUGCAGAGGUAAACGCUUUGGACGGCUACAAUCGCACAGCGCUACAUUACGCGGCAGAGAAGGACGAGGGUUGCGUGGAGCUUCUGUUGGAAUAUGGAGCUCAGCCCAAUGCGCUGGAUGGCAACAAGGACACGCCGCUACACUGGGCUGCCUUCAAAGAUAACCCCGAGUGUGUCCGUGCUCUGCUGGAUAGCGGCGCCCAUCCUAACGCGCGUGACUACAACAAUGACACGCCGCUCAGCUGGGCCGCCAUGAAAGGCAACCUGGAUAGUGUGCGUGUGCUGCUGGACUACGGCGCCCAAGUACACGUGACCAACCUGAAGGGCCAGACUCCCAUUUCACGGCUGGUGGCACUGCUGGCACGUGGCCUGGGCUCCGAGCAGGAGGAAGAGUGUCUGGAGCUUCUGUGCAGCGCUGCGGGAAGGCUGGAGAUGCGUCGGGCCGAUGGUUCCAUGCCGCACGAGCUUAGUAAACAUCCACAGCUUCUGGCACGCCUCACUAGCAUGAUGGCUCAGCCGGCAUUGCUGAAAGAUCUGGCCCGCUGCGCUGUACGUAACAGUCUUGGGGUGCAGUACCUCCCCACAGCUGUGAAGCAGCUUCCACUGCCCGAGUCUGUUAAACAGUACGUACUCCUCAGAAACAUUGGGUAUAUACAAGGCAAAGAAAGCGAGAGAGAGGGAGAACAGACUGUCUGCAAUGCACUGCAGAGCAAUUAGUGAUGUACUAAAACAAAGGCACACAAAUCUGUAUAUUAAUAUACAUCCACCAGUCACUUUAAUAGGAACACUUGUCCACCCGAUCAUCAUCAGCCAAUCACGCGGCAGCAGCACAAUGCACAAAAUCUUGCAGAGCUUGAGUGAUCUCAGUGACUUUGAACAUGGCAUAUCGACGGUUCCAGAUAGGUUGGUGUGAGCAUUUCAGAUACUGCUGAUAUAAUAGGAAUUUCAUGCACAACAGUCUCUAAAGUAUACAAAAAACAAAACAACAACUAGUAAGCAGCAUGUCUCUGGUAUAAAUAGCAAGAAUAGAACAGCCAGACUUGUUUGAGAUGACAGGAAGGAAACAGCAACUCAAAUAACCACUCUUUAUGACCACGGUGAGGGGAAAACCUUCUCACAACACGCGUCAUGUUAAAACCUGAGGUGAAUGGGUGACAGGAGGGGGGAGGAUUGCAUAAUAUUUGCAUGAAUGAUCGAUACAGGUGUUUCUGUUAAAGUGGCUGAUGAGUGGAAUAGAGAUUUAGUGAUACCCACGUUUUUAUUCUCCUAAUUACUUUCCCAUAAAUUGAAUGAUUAGAAUCACGACUCUUGUGCACAAAUGAACAAGAUGGUUUGAAAUCCUCAAUACUAAAACAAAAAAUUCUUUCAAUGCAAAGAAGCAAAAAAAUGAGGAAUAUUAUAAGUGAUAGAAAUUGCUAAUAUAUUGUAAAAUUCCUCACAAGCAUUUUUUUACCACGACACUUGCUUUUGGCCUUUGUAUAAUUUUAAUUUAAAUUGAAUUAUUGUGUGGAUGAUAUUUUAGUUUAGAGAUUAUUGUGAAAUAUAUUUGUACCUGAGGAUUCUACGAGAAGUCAAAUGGCAUGCGAUUAGAUCUUUCAAUUUAAUAUAUACUAUCAGAUUAAAAGGAAAAAGUACUACUGUAUAAUUUACAGGCUACAAAUACUGGUGCUACCCUCAAGGCUGUGUUUCUUUUCUUUCUUUCCCUUAAGUGACAGCCCUCUAGAGCAUGCAGUGUACUUUUACACCUUAAGGCGUAACAAGGACCACCGUCUCACCCUUUGAGGGUAGCUUGUACUCUGAGGGAACAAAUCAUGUACCGGAUAAGUAGUUGUGAAUGCUUCCUGUUUGGGAUCUGUUCAGAUUUAACAGCGGUAGAACACUAGCACCUUUGCGAUAUCUUGCGUUUCCAGAUCUAAUAAGCUCUUCGGUUUCACUUGUCCAUCUUUCCCCCCCGAGAGUUUUUUUUUUCCCUUCUCGUGUUUCUGCUGUAAUUUAUGUUUGUACAGCGAUAAUCUGAGUAGGAAAUUUAGCCAGUGUGAUGUUUUAUUGUCUGUAUUGUGUGCAGCCAACCACUUAACACACUUUUUCCUUGUGAAAUACAAGUAAAAAUCCAUCCUGCAUCACAUGAAGUAGCAGUUCA